CAAGCAGACUAUGACGCCAUUGAAGUGUGUCAGUUGUUGUGGUAGGGAGUGAGGUGCUGGUGACUCUUCUAGUUAAUACCUUCCCUUACUUCUCUCUCUACAACUGAUGUAUGAAAAGAGAGGAAUUGUUUAUAGUGUAUAGAUAUAAACAUGUCUGCCUUAUUUGCCUGUUCUCGUUGCUUCAGUAGGCACCCUUUUGAGGAGCUCUCCCAGGGCCAGCAACUGUGUAAGGAGUGUAGAGGAUCGUUUCCCAUCGUAAAGUGUACCUAUUGUCGGAGUGAAUUCCAGCAAGAAAGUAAAAGCAGCACUGUUACAAUCUGCAAGAAAUGUGAGUCUAUGGUGAAGCAGUAUGGUAAACCCUCGGCCUGUGAGUACUGUAACGUUAUAGCUGCCUUCAUCGGUAACAAGUGCCAGCGGUGUACCAACUCUGAACGGAAGUAUGGCCCCCCGCUAUCCUGUGACCAGUGUAAACAAAAGUGUGCAUUUGACAGGAAGGAUAUAGACAAGAAGAAGGUAGAUGGUAAAUUAUUAUGUUGGCUGUGUACACUUUCAUACAAGCGAGCAUUGGCAAAAACAAAAGUCACCGACCCGGGUAGACAUUCGCACAUAAAACUUGGGUCGCGCUCAGGUCACCACAAGGAUAAGGAAAGCAGACACAAGCUAAGUGGGCACAACAAGCGACCCAACCGCCCCGAUGUCACCAAAAUGCCGCAGGAGGAACCCCCAGCCAAGCUGGGAAUAUAUGAUACAGACAAAGACACACAGAGUAUGGAUAUUCAUGACAAUUUUAAGACUGUGGCGAUGUCAGGAGGUACAAGCAAAAAGCGUAAUCCUACACAGGUGUCCAGGAACUCAGGGCCGACACGUGACAGUGAUCCAGGAACGGCCGACCAGCUCGUUCUUAUCACGCAGCUACGAGAACAGAUAGCUCGCCUGGAGAAGCAGCUUUCAGGAAAAGAUGCUCAGCUUUUAGCCAAGGAGAAACAGAUGACUGAAUUAAAAGCAUGUCAGUUCACAAUCGAACAGGAACUCCGUCAAAAAAUGAAGAACGUUAGUCGUGACUUUGACCUUAAAACUGAUAUUCUGCAGAAGAAAAUUCGAGAACAGAAUCGCGAGAUCGCUCUAUUAAACAAAGGGAAAAAGAGAGGAGAUAAAAACGCCGUCUUGUCUGCAACAGACGGAGGCUCAUCGGGCACAGACAGUCCCUCUGUUGGGUAGUACUGUAACUACUGUAGUGAUGAUAACAUGUGUGAUGGUGGUGGCACUUCCAUGAUGGUUUCCUCAGGUGGUAAAAGAUCAGUACAGAGGUGUGUGCGCGUGCGUGCGUUCCAAUACAGUAUUGAAGACACCUUGUACAUUUUAAUUAUUAUGUAAUGGACAUAAACAAAAUAAUACUCUUAAUAACUCAUUCCAUUAUUAAGUUAAUUUUAUGUAAUAUGGUGUGUGUGUGUGUGUGUAAAUUGUUUGUAUUUUAUCAGUUCAGUUUCAGCUGAAUUCAGUAUUUUUUCAUUUAGUUUUUGGUCAAUUUUUCUUCAUCAGUUUAAGUAUAACAUAAUUUUGUUUAUUAAAAUAAUCAGUUAUGACCAAAGCAUAUUAGAAGAACAUUGGAGGUGUUGGAAGUGCCCGAAGUGUUGUGUAGUGUCGUGCUGUGCUGUAGUUGGUGGUCAUGACACCACACUUAGUAAUGUUUUCCUGUACAGCUAAUGAGGUCUUCUGGGAAUAUAUAUUUUUAAGAAUUAUUUUUAGAAACAAAUACAGUACUAUUAUGUAUAAUGGGAAACCUCUCCCAAAGAUUGUAAAAUUACAAUUUGAUUGGCAAGAUUAGUGUUGGUAUAGCCGCUGUGUACAUUAGAUAUGUAAGUUAAGGUUCAGAGUGUAUUAAAACACAAUUCAAUUCUGAGGUAGAUAUUUUUAUUAUUUAAAUACUACAGUAAAUGAUAAAAACACUGUUGGUAAGAUUGUAUAUAGUGUACUUGAUUUAUACACUGUACAACUCUGUAGUCAGGAGAAAACUUCCUGGUACAGCACUGUAACUCUUAAUAUUGUUUUUGAGAGAAUAUAAAACUAAAUGGAGAUCACUCUAGUGGUCGUAUUACUUUGUUUAAAUUGAUAUUCUGUACACCGCUCUUGUCAACACUAACAGUGGAAUACAGUAAUUAUACGAUAAUUUUGUCUUAUUUUGUAACUGAUGCAAGGUUCAGCUGCUUACACUUAUACCUAAUACAGUUGGUGAUGCAUUUUGUGUGGUGUGGCAACUCUGUGUUUGUUUACAUUGUCUUAAAACUCCUGGAAUGGCCCUAAGGAAUGUCACAAUAGUAGCCAGACUAAGGAUGAUACAUAAGCAUUGCACAGAGUUGCCACAUCUCACAGAACACUUCACCACUGUACCAGGUGUAAGUGCAGGCGACUGUACAUAUACAAACCAUUAUCUGUGUAAUGUGGUACAAUUUUCUGUGUUAGUAUUAGUUUGCCAAGAGUAUUACUUUGUACAGUAAUGCAGUACAGUAUUGUGUACAUACUACACUGAAAUUAAUAACCAUUGUGUAGGUAGACCCUGCUGCUGCCUCUCUUGUGGGGUUGGUGAGGAGAGUAAAAGUAAAGGAGGAAAUACUUGCUAAAUAUUUUUAAAAGCAAAUUUAGUCUUGUUAGAUAUCUGCUUGCUAUGUUUUUGUUUUUUAUUGAAAUGGAGGAUAAUUAUGAAGGGAGAGAGACAGAGCACAUAGUCUGUCUUGAGUUGUUAAACCCUUUUAUUUUAUUUUAUGUUAUUUGUAUUUCUUACUCCUGACUUCACACUUCAAAUUAGUACAUACAGGCAGUCCCCCAAGUUACAAAUGCCCGACUUAUGAGCUGGGUCCCAAUACAUUCAUCACUAAAAUCUGUAACUUAAAUCCCAUGUUUUACAAUACUUUUAUUGUUUAACAUCACUUUAUUAUAUUCAUUUGUUAUGUAUGGGAUAUUAUUGUUUUUUUUUAUGGUCAGGGUUGUACUUUAACCUAAUAUAACCUAAACUAUGGAAUUAUCACUGUUAUGGCUUGCAAACAGAUCAAUUUACGAACUGGGUCAGGAACGGGGAUGUCCUGUAAUUAGUUUUAUUACAAUUUGGAAGGAAAAAUUACACUUCAACAGUGAAAUGGGGGAUUGAUAGCCUGACAUAUAUUACUGAAGUACUGUACAGUAAUUAUGAUAAAUAUCUGUCCAGAAAAUGAUCUUUUGGGUAGGCAGGAACUUUAUUCAGAAGAUUUAUGUAAAGUUUCUUACAAUAUGAUGUUUUAUGAGUUUCCAAAAAAAUAAGGAAUUGGCAGAGGGGUCGAGUCAAGGCCAUUGUUUGUUUCUGUCAUAGUGUGUACCUAGCAGAGCCUGACCCGACCUUAACCUGACCUAACCUGGGCAGGUUUAUUGAGGUUCAGAAGACGACCUGAUGACUUUACUGACACGAGACUGUUGUUUACAAGAUUGUACUCUAUAGCAUGACACUUUAGGGUUGAUCAGUUGCUUCCCCUUUCAUUUCAACAUUGCACAUUACUAUGACUGAUAAAUUGAAUAAUUAGAAAAGGUAAUAAUUAACAUAAAAUAUAGUUGAUAAUGUACUGUUGGUUUAUAUAUAUAUAUAUAUAUAUAUAUAUAUAUAUAUAUAUAUAUAUAUAUAUAUAUAUAUAUAUAUAUAUAUAUAUAUAUAUAUAUAUAUAUAUAUAUAUAUAUAUAUAUAUAUAUAUACACAGUACUGUAUAUUCUAUAAUUAUUAUUAUUUUAUUUUUUUAAGGUAAUUUGUAUAGUGAUGUUUUUCCUUUAACAAACUGCAUAAUAUGUAAUGUAUAAUGAAUGGAGGCUUGUGUAUUCCAAAGAUGUGUACUGUAUAAUAUUUAACAUGUCUUUUCUAUGUAAAACAAGCUCGUGGUAAACAUAAUAUUGGAUAUAUUAGAAACUGUAUUUUAUUUAUUUUUUAGUGAGGAAAAAAGAAAUGUUCAAAUUAUUCAUAUGAUUUGUUUUCAUCGCUAUGUUGAUCUGAAACUUUUUCUGUGGUGGGCAAUCUUUUUGUCUGAUUAAUUUUUAAGCCUUGCAGUAUCUGAUUUACUUUCCAACACUGGGUCAUGUGGGGGGGGUGGGGUGAUGAAGCAGUUGGCUAAGUGUGUAUUUGUCACUUGCCUGCCAGUCUGUCUGUGUGUGUUGUCGCAACACAUUUAUUAUCAAUUUGCUUGCUAGCCCAUGUCAUAACCUGGUUUAUGGUCAAAUCACUAGCUAAAAUGUGGUCAAAAAUAUAUUUAUACUUACCAUGUCACUAGCCAUCCUGUGUUUACCUUCCUUGCUGAUAACCUCACCAUCUUGUGUUUUAUCAGCUCAUGAUGCCUUUUUCAUUCUGAAAUUUUCCCCUAAAGUGGUUUAAAAUACAGUAUAUAAAACAGAAGCUGUUUUUUUAUAUUUCAUUCAAUCUCCUGUGUUAUGACUGGUUAAUUUUAGAUUUUCAUUGAGUGGCAGAACAAUUGAGGAUCACAGAACAGAAGUAUGAAAAACAAGCACUGGUAUGCCCAGAAAACAAUGUUAUAUUAUGCCUUUCACUAUUUAUCAUUUGAAUCUGCAUUAACAAUGCUACAACAAUCUACCACUUGAAUCACUUCAAUAUCUUCACUGGUUCCAAAGUUAUAGUAAUUUGAAUUUUCGCAAACUCUAACUGUUUUUCUGUUUCUCAUUUACGACGUUUGUCCUACUUCAGUUCUGUGCUCCUCAUGUAGAUUUGACCAAGAAUGUAAGAAAACUCAGGAUUUACAUGUAUAGAAAUAUGAUAAAUCUUGGCAAACACUCAUACACAAAAUAUGUCUUCUUUAUAGAAGCUGUAGGUGAUAUUACAUUAUAAUUUAUGUUCUGAUAAUCUUCCAGCAUUUGUGGAUAAUCAAAUGUAUGUCUGAGUACAGUAAAACUUCUUUAUAACAGACUACAGUAUAUGGAGAGGAAAAUCCUUUGUAUCGAGGGUCAGUUAGACGUGAAACCUCCACCGAAUGAACUGUAUAAAGAUGAAAGGCCAUUAUAUCGAGGAUCCAUUCGAUGCGAAAUACCCCAUCUAAUGCAUUAUAUGGAGGUUUCACUGUAUUCCAAAGUUCUCUGUACAGUGCACUCUGGAUCUUUCACAUACAAGCAGUUUUUUUAUAUUUGGUGAAAUGUUUUCUUCUAUUUAUAUAUCUGUAGUACAGUAUAGUCAACUACCCAAGUCUGUUGGCCUCUCCCCCUGAACCAUGAACCCUUGAGAGAUUCAGACUCAUGAACCCGAAGCAGUAGACUGAUACAUUAUUCUGUCUAUAAAUGCUUCGGGUUCAUGAGUCUGAAACUCGGGGUUCGUGGGUCAGGGGGAGAGGCGACUGGAGGACUUCAGUAGUUGACUAUACAUACUAUAUACUGUACUGGUUUAUGUACUGGAAGACUUCUAAUGAGCUUUUAAAGUGAUGCAUUAAUUGUGAAGGUGAUAGUGAAGAUUUUUUCCAAUAGCUUUUUGCUGGCUUAACUCAGAGCAACUACUAAUUUGGGUAUCCUGGGGGUCCUUACAUGUAGGCUGUCCCCCCCCCCCCCUACUGUCAUUCAGAAUUUCCUAGUCUUGAUCCCCAAUCAACUAGUACCCUUCCUAUAUAGAGAAGAAAGUCCAUUGCGAGCAUUGUUUAUAAUGGACAGAUGGUAGUGUUGUAGUGAAGGAAACACGACUAAGAGAGUACUGUACUGUCUACAGAAUGGUGUAUUGUAAUAAAGUGGAUUAUUGCUCUGAUUUGGAAGUGAUUUUACUGUAGUGGCAUGUUGGUAUCUCUUAUCAGGAGUUAGUGAUUUUAUUCCUCUUUGAUAUUAGGAAGAGAAAUAUCCUUUUAAGUUCCAAACUUUUUCCUUUUUUGUGAUAAGAAUAUUGGAUUCCUGUUUUGUCUCACUAAGUCAUGAGAUGAUGAGUCGAUGUGAUGUGUGACUGGUGGGUUUUAGUUUUGUUUUAGUUAACAGAUAUUUUCCCAUUCCUUCCCCUUUUAAGUACUGACUAUACUGUACAGUCAAAUACUAAAGUCCUGUUGGUCGUCUCUCCCCUUGAGCCACGAACCCCCGAGAGAUUCAGACCUAUGAAUCGAAAGCAUGUAUGGAUAGAAUAAUGUAUCAGUCUACUGCUGCUUCAGGUUCAAGAAUCUGAAUCUCUCGGGGGUUCGUAGUUCAGGGGGAGGCGACCAACAGGACUUUAGUAUUUGACUGUACCUGCAGCUAUGGAGUUUCAUUCUUUUAAAGCUGAAAAUUUUACUGAAAUGUUGACUGUUCCAGCAGGUGUGUUGUAGUGCAGUGCUUAUAUAGUGGCAUACUGACAGAUAUUGUUAUUGACUCAGUUACUUGAUUGAGUUAUUUGUUCCUUGUCUAGUACCUGUACUGUAUUGUUGGCAAAUGUAUGAUGUUUGGGUCAGGGUGGUUAGGACCUAACCUAACCUCACCUCACCAUUGUUGGCAGUGGGUGAUGAUCAUACAACUACUCGGAAUUGAAAGUUGAAUACUGUAGAUGACAAUUAUUUACCCUCAUUCUGUGUUUGGUUCCCUGCUGAGUGUACCUUAAGGUGUUUCCAUAGCAGUAUUUUUGGGGAGUACAAUGAAUCCUCUAUUUAACGGACUAAACAGAGAGGAUAAACCAUAUACAGUAUUGAGGGACCAUUAGAUGUGAAGCCUCUAUUAACGGAUUAUAUGGAGAGAGAAGUCUGUUGCAUGGAGGUUUCACUGUAAUGUAUAAAUCAGCGAUGAAUGAAUGACUGAAGGAAGUUUUAACACAGGUUUAUAUAUUGAUCUUGGAUGUUUUCCUUUUUCGCUUUUUAAUGUGUUACUGAAUAUUGUUAGGUUGUGUGUGUGUGAUUUGUGUCUGAAGCAGUUUUUAAUUGCCCCUCUUACUGCACAUGUCUGUUAUUUUUUGGUGGGAUUCUGGAUUCUAUGGAUUGGUAAGGACUAGUUGUGUUGUCAGUGGCUGUAAGUAGACUGUCCCUUACUCCACCUCUCCCUCCAUAUUAGGCUGGUUGUACAGAGAGGUAAUGAGAAGGAGGAUGAGGAUAGGAUUAUCCUCCUAGACUGUAAGAGUAAACCCUGGGUGAUGGAGUGCCCUGUCUGAGGAUCUCAAACUGCCCUAAUAAGUGGCCCUGCAUUAAGAGACUGCCUUAACUUGGUGUAUUUGUUAGAAAGAGGAAUUUCAGGAUCAAUGAGGAUUUUCUUCAUUCCUAAAAGAACAAGUUUGAAAUUAACUUUUCUUUGUGAAAACUGUUCCACAAAACAUGACAAUAUCCAAUGAUUGAUAUACAGUAUGUAUUUGUUUUCAAAGGAAUUCUAUUGAAAUCCAAGUGGAGUUGAAAUUAUUUAUAUAGAAAUAAGUAACCAUAAAUUAAUAGAGAAAUUAUUACAGAUAUUUGAAUGGAUACCACAAAAAGUGCACACAUACACACAAAAAUUUAGAUUUAGGCACAAAAUAGGUAAACAUUUGUUUGAAAAUAGAGUAGUAGAUGAGUGGAACAAGUUACCAAACAUCAUCAUGAACUUGAAUACACUGGAUAGCUUCAAACAUUGGUUGGAUGGAUAUAUGAGCGAUAGGGGUUGGUUGUAAAUGGGACUGCCCAGUAUGGGCCAUUAGGCCUACUGUAGUUUCCUCCAUUCUUAUGUUCUUAUGUUUUAAAAUGUUAAAUUUACACGACUGGGGUUUAACUUCUAUGAUAAAUUUAGUGAUAGAGAGUCCUGUACUGUUGUGGAAAAUGGCUCAGUACAGAUAUUAGAAGACAGACAAUCCUUGACUCCUCCAGGACACCACAGAGUAGCAUAAAUGGGACCAUCAGGUUAGGUUUGGUGUGUAACUAAGAGAUGUAUCUUAAGUGUGAGAAUAAGUAGCUACUGUGAGGAAAGUGUAAGAUUUAAUACUUUAUUUUUUAACCAUUGAGCGAAGAGUUAAACCUGCCUUAGUAGAGUUCCAUGUCUAGUGUUUGGCUGGCUGGCUGUAGGAAUUAUGAAAAUUCAUUAUUGUGCACUUUUACUAUUGUUAAUUAUGCUUCAAAGACAAAAAAAAAAUACAAUUCUGAACAGUGUAUACAGUAUAAAU